UUCCCAUCAGGACCCUCACCAACCAAGAGCUCUCUCGCUCGCCGUUCGUCCACUUCACUCCCUCCUCCCGUCGAUCUCAAUCCCCUCCCCGGCGACCGGCGUCGCAAUCGUCAUAAGUCCCGCGGCCUCCGGUCUCCCUGCUCUGAUUGAUUCCUCCUAAAUUGAUUCGCUCCUCGUCUCCUUACCAAUUCUGGAACCAAAUCUCUACUACUUUCCCGGGAAAAUUUAUACAUUUCCAAAUCUUGUUUUCUCAGUCCCGUCUUUGUCCCCGUCCUACUGCCCAGCUUCCGUCCACAUUGCUGCUGCCUGCGGGCGGGGGGAGUGAUCGAGCCCGCUCCGUUGGAGCUAAUUCGCGUACUGGCAGAGAAUCCCAGGUUUUCCCGCUCCGAAUCUCCAGUACUGCUUCUUCUUUCCCAGAGUUAAGAGUCGGAGCUGCUAGCUAGUAAUUCUCGGACGCGCGCGCGCCAUUCUUAGCUAGCCGAGGUCCUGGAUCCUCCCGACCUGACUCUUCUUCUCGGGCCACCUCCGGCUUGCUCUCCAUUCCUGGAUACCUGUCGGAGCAGUGGUGCCGAUGGGUUUCUUGGCAUGCGUCUGCCUCCUCCAGCUGCUGUUCUUGGGCUCAUCUCCGGCGGCGGCGGCGCAGCAGCCGCCGACGCCGCCGGCGAGGGCCCUGGACGCAACGCUGCAGGACUACGCCUACCGGGCCCUCGCGCGGCGGCCGCGCACCGGCAUUGUCUACAACGGCACCGUCCCCGCAGACCUCGCCGGCGUCGCGGUGUCCGCGCUCCGCCUGCGCAGCGGCAGCCUCCGGAGGAGAGGCUUCCCCAACUACUUCCAGUUCGCCCUGCCCGCGGGCGCCGUCGCGCGGCCGCGCGUGGAGCGGGCGGUGCUCGUGUACAGCGACCUGGGCAACCUGUCGGACCGCUACUACCCGCUCCCGCCCGGGUACGCCUACCUCGCGCCGGUGCUCGGGCUGCUCGCCUACGACGCUGCCAACCUCUCGGCCGUGGCGCUCCCCGAGCUGAGCCUCGUCGCCUCGACAACCCCAAUCCUCGUCAGUUUCGGCAGUGUCCGGGCGUUGCCGUCAGGCGGUCCGGCGCCGCGGUGCGUGUGGUUCGAUCUGGACGGCGCGCCGCAGUUCCGGGAUCCGGAGGCAAGCGGCAACGUCUGCGCGGCGUACCGCGGAGGGCACUUCUCGAUCGCGGUGAACUCUACUGUGGUCGCUCCUCCUGCUCCUGCUCCAGCGUCACCGGCCGCGAUUGCGCCGCUGGUACCGGGCACUGGAGGCCGUGCUACGGGCAACUCGCAGGCCUGGAAGAUUGCCGGCACCGUGGUCGGGAGCGCCGCCGCGUUGGGGCUGUUGGCUUCUGCUCUCCUGUGCCUGGUGAGGUACAAGAGGGUCAGGAAGCUGGAGGUGAUGGAGCGGAAUUCUGAGGUUGGGGAGACGCUGCGCAUGGCGCAGGUUGGGCGGGCGCAAGCACCUGUGGCGCUGUGGACUCGGACUCAACCGGUGAUCGAGAGCGAGUAUGCUGCAUAGCAGACUGCGUAGAUGGUUUUGGAUUUUCUUCAGAGUUCAGGCAACACCACAAGGCUUCAGACAUGGAAUUUGGUCAUCGUCUGCUUCAAGGUACCAAGUGUUCCAUCAGUCAGUCAGAUGCUGCACAAUUAUUUAUGAGUUCUGGAAUGAGCCUCUCUGCCUCUGCCCUUACUGGUCCAAGAAAAUUCUCUUGGUGGAAGGUUCAUUGUUCUGCAAUGACUACAGUUCGUGUUCAUAGUUGCCAUGUUCAUACCAAGGUGCUUUGCUCAUCUGUAAAGCAAACGAAGAAGUGAAUUCAUCGAGUCAGAUUUUGA